AUGUCGGUCUCCAUCCCCCGGCAGCCUCGGAGCAGCUCGGCCGUCCCGGUUCGUUCCUUCUCGUCCCGCUCCUUCACGGCCGGCCCGGCGCUGAGGAUGAGCACGGCCCCUGCCCUCGGCCCUUACGGGGGGCUCCGCUGCGGCUCCGGGGGGCUCGGGGGUCCCUCGUGGGUCCCGGGGGCUGGCGGGGGCAUCACGGCCGUCACCAUCAACCGGAGCCUCCUGGCGCCGCUGGACGUGGCCGUGGAUCCCGAGCUGCAGGAGCUGCGCCGCGAGGAGAAGGAGCAGAUCAAGACCCUCAACGAUAAAUUCGCCGCCUUCAUCGACAAGGUGCGGUUCCUGGAGCGGUUCCUGGAGCAGCAGAACAAACUCCUGGAGACCAAGUGGGGGCUCCUGCGGGCGCAGCCCCCUCCCCGCAGCAGCCUGGGGGGGCUCCUCGAGGGCUACGCAGGGACCCUGCGGCGGCAGCUCGAGGGGCUGGGGCAGGAGCGGCAGCGGCUGCGCACCGAGCUCGGCCACGUCCACGCGCUCGUCGAGGAGUUCAAGGCCAAGUAUGAGGAGGAGAUCAACCACCGCACAGAGAAGGAGAAUGAGUUUGUCCUGCUCAAAAAGGACGUGGAUGAAGCCUACAUGUCCAAGGUGGAGCUGGAAUCACGCCUGGAGAGCCUCACGGACGAGAUAAACUUCCUGCGGCAGCUCUACGAGGAGGAGCUGCAGGAGCUGCGGGCGCAGGUGUCGGACACGGCCGUGGUGGUGUCCAUGGACAACAGCCGGCAGCUGGACAUGGCCGGGGUGCUGGCCGAGGUGCGGGCGCAGUACGAGGACAUCGCCGGCCGCAGCCGUGCCGAGGCCGAAGGCCUCUACCAGAUCAAGUACGAAGAGCUGAAGACGGCGGCCGGGAAGCAGGGAGACGACCUGCGCCAGACCCGGGGCCAGAUCCAGGAGCUGAACCGGCGCAUCCAGCGCAUCCAGGCUGAGAUCGAGGCGCUGAAAAAUCAGCGCUCCGGGCUGGAGGCAGCAGUGGCAGAGGCCGAGGAGCGCGGGGAGCUGGCACUGAAGGACGCCCGGGCCAAGCUGGGGGGGCUGGAGGGGGCCCUGACCCAGGCCAAGCAGGACCUGGCCCGGCAGCUCCGGGAGUACCAGGAACUGAUGAACGUCAAGCUGGCCCUGGACAUCGAGAUUGCGACCUACAGGAAGCUGCUGGAGGGCGAGGAGUGCAGGCUCGAGGCUGCUGUGCAGAACCUGAGCAUCCACACCAAGCCCGCGAGGUACCUGGGUGGAUUCGGGGCAGGUUUUGGGGGGGGCUUUGGGGAGGCGUUUGGGGGGGCCGUGGUCAGCUCGGGGUACUCGGUUCCCCCCACACCCCCCGAGGCACGGCCCCCCCCCAAAUCCCGCGCCAUCGUCAUCAAGAAGAUCGAGACCCGCGACGGGAAACUCGUGUCCGAGUCCUCCGACGUCCUGGAGAGCUGAACCCCCUUUCCUGGGGGACCCCCAGCCCUUGGCUUGGCCAGCUGGGCUGAGCCCCCCCUUUCCUGAGCAGACCCUAAAUCCUGCCCUGCCGAGGCCCCCCGGCCUUUCUGGGGUGCCCCCUCACAAACCAACCCCUUCUUUCCCAGGGGGAUCCUCCAUGCUCCCUGCCCUCCCAGGGUGUUCCCCUAAGUCCCCCUUUCCUGGGAGGGGGUCCCCAUGUCCAGCCCAGCUGAGCCCCCCUCUCUCCAUCCUGGGAGUCCCCUCAUGUUCUGGAAAGAUGAGCCCCCCCUUUUUGGAAAGGGGGGCCAUGACCUGACCUGCUGAGCUCCCCUGAGCCCCCCUUUCUUUCCUGGGGGGUCCCCCAAAGUCCAGCCCAGCUGAGCCCCCUGGGCCUCCCCUUCUCAGGGUGUCCCCCCAUGUUCUGCCAAGCUGAACCCUCUUUUCUAGAGUGGGGGAGGUCCUCCCCAUGACCUUCUGAGCCCCCCCAAGUCCCCUCUUUCCUGCCUGGGGGGUUCCCUCCAAGUCCUGGCCACCUGAGCCCCCUUUCUUGGGGGGUCCUGUCCAUGUCCUGGGGGGGGUCUUGGGGCACCCUUGUCCAGGCCAGCUGAGCCAAUUCCCUUCCUGGGGGGUUCCCCCAUUCCCGUGGGGGUCCCCCACGUCCUGACCUGCUGAGCCCCCCCCCUUUCCCUGGUGUCCCCCCUCCAUCCUGGCCCCCUUCCCUGGGGGUCCCCAGCUCUGGACAGGACACCAGGCACCCUCCACUGACAACCUGAGCCAGAGCCCACCCAGUCUGCCCUGGAGGGCUCCAGCCCCGCCAUUGCCCCUCUCGGGCUGUGGGGUGGGAACUGGGGGGGUCUGGGCCUCCCCCGGGGGUUCUGCUCGCUGCUGGAAUAAAACCUUGAAAAUUU